CGUCAUUGUAGAGUAUCGAGAAAGAAGCCUGUGAUUCUCAAACCGGGUGGCAGAGUCUACCCGGAGGAAGGGACGACGAAGGUAACAGAAAAAUGGCGACAAAUGUGGACCCGGACCAGACAUCAGAUGCCACUGCAGAGAAAUGCAGCCGUUUUGAGCUGCUGGAGUGGCUCAACAAGACCCUGGACAUCAAAUUCACCAGGUUGGAGCAGAUAUGUUCAGGUUCCUGCUACUGCCAGCUAAUGGACUGGCUCUUCCCUGGGUGCAUCGACCUGAGCACAGUGAAGUUCCAGGCCCAGGACACACCAGACUUCUUCCACAACUACAAUCUGCUUCAAGCUGGCUUCAGAAAGACUGGUGUCACCAAGUUUGUUCCAGUGGAGGAGCUGAUAAAUGGAAGAUUCCAGCCCAACUUCGUAUUCCUGAAGUGGUUCAAGAGGUUUUUCCAGGCUAACCUGGCGGGGCAGGUGUAUAACCCUGUAGAGGCUCGCCAGGGCCAGGACAUCCAGCCUGCCAGACCCCCCCUCCGCUCCCCCCAGGGACUUGGCCGCAAGUCUGCCAGCCGCAACCCCAGUCAAUCAGUGGGGUUGGAAACCGACACGGAUGAAGAAGCUUUAGGGAAGGAUCAAAGAAAACAUAUUGUUUAUGAAGAUAUAUGGAGGGAGAUACACUCCUGGGUGGGGCCCAGCACCCUGGGAGAGUUCCAUGCCUACUGCAGUCUGUGUGACAUGAAUCUCAACAUCGAUCACUCAGGCCUUGUUGACCUCAAGCGUCACUCGCAGUGCAAGAGGCACCGUAAGCUUACCCUGGCUGCCAAUGGAUGCACUGUAAGAACAGAGGCAAGAAAGAGCAGGCAGGGCAGCAUCAGCAACUGUCCACCCUGUAGUGAGUUGGUCCUGUGCUUCAUUCAGGCUAACUGCGUCUCUGGUCCGUCCGCGGCUGGGGACCUGGUGUCUAACAGAUACGGCCAGUAUGUCCUGGGACUACAGUACCCAGAAGACAUAGUGUCUGUCUGCCAAAAGACUCCUUACUGCAUAUACACGUACGAAGGAGUGGUGCUAGGGGAGGCUGGCAUGGCUUCUGUAGUUCUAGUAGGGUAUUUUGAUGUGAAGGCAGCCAGACACUGCAUCAGGCUGUUGGAUGUCCUGCAGCGUCCAGCUGAAGACAAUACUGGAGAGAAAACUGCUGCGGCUCUGGUGGAGACCUUGAAGAGGUUUGGGCUUCCUGCAGCUAACCUCGCUGCUCUCUACACAGAUGGUAACGGUGCUGCCUCGGAGCAGAUUUGCUCACAGCUCAGGGAACUCAACCCCAAUGUGGUGGUGCUAGGUAGGCUUUAUGGAGUGGCAGAUGCAUCCUGCCAUGCUGGGGUGGUGGAGCUCACCACUCAGGCCCAGGAGCUAAUUGUAGAUAUCUACUCCCACUACUCCUUCUGCUCCACCAAGAAUGACAACCUGAAGGAACUGUUUUCCAGCAUAAGCAGUAUCGAUGGCCUCACCCUUCCCCUCACCACCUGCUGCCUUAACUUCUGUAUGUUAGCCAGGAAAUUGUUGGGAAUAUGGACAGAUCUAAUCUCCCACUUCAGCUCCUUUAACAAAGAGGAUGACAUAGAUGAGAAGGCCAAACUGAUCUGCACACAACUGCAGGAUCCCCAAAUCAAGGCUACCUUUAUGUUCCUAAACCAGGCCCUGGAGCCCCUCCGUGCCUUCCAGGAGCGACUGCACCACCAUGAGGGCUCGGCCCGGGCCGACCUGGUGCAGAUCCUACAGGACGCCAGCGACCUCCUGCGCUCCUAUGCCUCCAGUUUCCUCCGUCCUCAAGCCGUUGUGCGCUUCCUCAAGGAACGUGAUGCCUCUCUCCUCAAGAACACAAAGUUCCACCUGCCAGGGCUGGAGCUGAACGUAGGAGGGGCUGCAUUGGAGGACUUCCUGUGUGAGUCAUCAGAGUCAGGAAGUGAAAUACUGCAGUUUUUACAGGAACAGGCUCUGUCUUUCUACACAGCACUUACAGCCAGCGUGGCGGAGGGGCUGCCUCUGAGUGACGGCGUGUUGAGGAGCAUGGCCCAGCUUCUGAGCCCCCAGGGUAGGCUGAAGGUCACAGGGAAGGCGGUGGGAGAGCUGGGGGCUAAACUUGGGCUCUGCAGCUCACCUGAGGAGAUCAGCCAGCUGAACAAGGAGUUCCUGGAGUACAAGCUGGCAGAGGAGGGAGAGUGGGAAGAGGGAGAAAAUGGAUGUGAUCGGGGCGUCCAAAAUGGCUCUGCAGCAACCUCGCUGGAGCAACAUUGGAGCACUGUGUUGAAGGCUUCUGGGUCGACCAGCAUCUUUAGGAAACUUGUUUUGACCCUCUUAGCCAUGCCUUGCCCCCCACUUGAAGCUCAGAAGGUCUUCACACAGGCUGUGGAGAAUGGGGACGCUGCCCAGUUCACUGACAGUGUGACAGAAAGUGAGCUGGACUCCGUUCUGGAAGUAGACCUGACCAAUGAACUGACCAAUGACAGCGCUCUAUCAGACAACAGCAGUAUCAACGAGCCUGGCAGGAAGAAGAGAGGUCGUCCCAGAAAGAUUCCAUCAGAGGUGAAUUACCUUAAUGGGACAGUGAAGCCAUGCACAGUGCAGCUGCAGAAGAUAAUCAAUGAGCCAAAGAAUGAGGACGAUACUGUGUUCGUUGAGGACAACGUCAUUUGGACAAAUACUAUGGAGGGCACCAUUAGGGGCAUUUAUGGUUGGGAGAGCAGCUUACGCCAGAAGCCACAGGCGCGCACUGUGUUUCAGGCUGGUGCGGGCACCUGGGCCAAGCCACAGGCUCUUGACAACGACAGCAAAAAGGACCAGGAGUCCGAGGCUGCAUCGCCCCCGAAGAAGGAGAAUCAUACAUCCAAUGUGUCUACACCGAGCUCCAGGGGAGCAAAGAAGGGCAUUGAUUACCAGGAUGGGAAGGGUUUCCCCACUGGAGAUCUGGUGUGGGGAAAGGUGAAGGGCUUCUCCUGGUGGCCUGGGCUCGUGGUGCUCUGGAAGUCCAACAAGGCACCACCUGUAUCCAUGCGCCGGGUAGAGUGGUUCGGAGACGGCAUGUUUUCCGAGAUCUAUACAGAGAGACUUCUGCGUUUUGCAGCUUUUUCAAAGUGCUUCUGCAAGAAUUCCUAUGCCAGCUUGCCCACCUACAAAGAUGCCAUCUACCAGGUCCUUGAGUUGGCUGGUGAGCGCUGUGAGAAGUCCUUUCUUGCAGCGGGGAAUAAGCAGGAGUUGCUUAGGUUGAUGCUGGACUGGGCCCACAGUGGAUUCCUGCCCACUGGACCAGAUGGGUUCAACCCCCCACCCCCUGCAGAUGCCAAAGACUCAAAGGCAGAAUCUUCAGAUUCGCCUCUGGCAGACUACCAGCCCCCAGCUAAGAGGAAGUAUGUGAACAAGAACAGACCAUCCUAUGGGAGUCAGAGCUACAGCAGAGAGGCAAUGGUGCAAGAGGUUAAGAAAGGCAAACAUAUUAAAGAAUUCUGUUUAUCAUGUGGAACCCCCCACAUCCACACCUUCCACCCACUGUUUGAAGGGAGUCUUUGCCUGAAGUGCAAGGAGAACUUUAUUGAGACUUUGUACAGAUACGACGAAGAUGGCUACCAGUCCUACUGCACGGUUUGUUGUGCUGGCCAAGAGGUCAUUCUGUGUGGCAAUGCCAGCUGCUGCAGGUGUUUCUGUAAGGACUGCCUGAAUAUUUUGGUUGGCGAUGGAACCUUUGACAAGCUGAAGGAUGUUGACCCAUGGAGCUGCUUCAUGUGCUUACCAUCCCAGUGCAACGGAUCACUCAAGCUGCGAACUGACUGGAGCGUGCGAGUGCAAGAGUUUUUCGUGAACAACAGUGCUCUAGAGUUUGAACCCCACCGAGUGUAUCCCUCCAUCCCUGCCCAUCAACGCAGACCCAUCAGGGUGUUGUCUCUCUUUGAUGGGAUUGCCACAGGGUACCUUGUGCUCAAAGACCUGGGCUUCAUCGUAGAACGCUACAUUGCCUCUGAGAUCUGUGGGGACUCGAUCGCUGUGGGUAUGAUCAAACACGAGGGCAAGAUAGAGCAUAUCAAUGACGUACGCACCAUCACCAGGAAACACCUGGCUGAAUGGGGUCCCUUUGACCUCCUGAUUGGAGGAAGCCCCUGCAACGACCUGGCCUGCGUCAACCCUGCUCGGAAGGGCUUAUUUGAGGGCACAGGCAGGCUGUUCUUUGAAUAUUACAGGAUGCUGAACAUGAUGAGGCCAAAGGAAGAUGAUGACCGUCCGUUCUUCUGGCUCUUUGAAAAUGUGGUGGCCAUGCGCGGUCAUGACCUGGCCGACAUCUGUCGUUUUCUUGAGUGUAAUCCCAUCCUAAUAGAUGCAGUAAAAGUGAGCCCAGCUCACAGAGCUCGCUACUUCUGGGGAAACCUCCCUGGCAUGAACAGACCUCUAGCUACCUCUCUGGAUGAUAAGGUGAACCUGCAGGAUUGUCUGGAGCCUGGACGCACGGCCAAGUAUAACAAAGUUCGUACCAUCACUACCAAGUCCAACUCCAUCAGACAGGGGAAGAUGGGACCCCUACCUGUCGACUUUAAUGGCAAGGAGGACUACCUUUGGUGCACAGAGAUGGAGAAGAUCUUUGGCUUUCCCAAGCAUUACACUGAUGUCAACAACAUGGGUCGGAGCCAGCGGCAGAAAGUACUGGGCCGAUCAUGGAGUGUACCAGUUAUCCGGCACCUCUUUGCUCCACUCAAGGAUUACUUUGCCUGUGAGUAGGGACUCCACAUUCCUGUGUGCUGCACUGUCGUCAACAACAACAGCAACAUGAAAUAGCUGAUUAAUGGAGCGCGGAGGGUAAAAACAGUAUCAUUAUCCUGCCCUGCUUUUUAGUGAACGGAACUAUCCUGUGUUUCUCAGACUGACCUCACAGAAUCAUCUUAAUAUUUUUAUCACUGGCUGUAUUGACUGUUUUAUUAGGUUUUAGAUCAUGAGCACCUGUUUCAAUGCAGUGUGGUCAUAUGAUCAUAAUAUUCCCAGAAUGCACUGACACUUUUUGGUUCUUUCAGUUUGUCUGGAGUAGUUCACGUUUAUCUAUCAUUUAUUUGAUGUUUGGUUUUGUCAACAUUUGGUCAAUGAUGGUGAGAUCAGACCUCAAACCCUGCCCACUAUCUACCUCAAUACUAAUCUGUGAUCGGUCUGACAUCUGCAGAAACACAGUUUUAUCUCUAUUUAAUGUAAUGAUUUUUUAUCAUUUAUUUUAUAUUUGAAUGUUACAAAUAGUCAGAUAAAUCAUGUUCACUUGUAAUUAUGUGAAUAAACCUUCUAAUGUUUUGUUACAUGUUUGGAAAAAAAGAUCUUCCAAGAGAAUUAAA